GGAAUAAACAAGCAGUGGACCAAUCAGAGAGCUCGGUCGGGCCUUUAUAAACUUUGUGUACCUCAGCUGCGAGCAGUUAUUUUCUCCUUCUUCGUCUUCAAUAAAGAAUAUACAUAGGAAGCCACCAUGCUGCCUUUAGUCGUGUUGGCCGUGUGCCUGAGUGCAGCCCUCUCGGCCCCCAGCCUGGACCCUCAGCUGGAUGAGCACUGGAACCUGUGGAAGAGCUGGCAUACAAAAAAGUAUCAUGAGAAGGAGGAGGGCUGGAGGAGAAUGGUGUGGGAGAAGAACCUUAGGAAGAUCGAGCUGCACAACCUAGAGCACUCCAUGGGAAAACACUCCUACCGGCUGGGCAUGAACCACUUUGGAGACAUGACUCACGAGGAGUUCAGGCAGAUCAUGAACGGCUACAAGCGCAAGGCUGAGGGGAAGUUCAAGGGGUCUCUGUUCAUGGAGCCCAACUUCCUAGAGGCACCACGUGCCGUGGACUGGAGGGACAAUGGUUACGUGACUCCCGUUAAGGACCAGGGUCAGUGUGGCUCUUGCUGGGCCUUCAGCACCACCGGUGCUCUGGAGGGUCAGCAUUUUAGGAAGACCGGCAAACUGGUGUCGCUGAGCGAACAGAACUUGGUGGACUGUUCCAGACCAGAGGGCAACGAGGGCUGCAAUGGUGGUCUGAUGGACCAGGCCUUUCAGUACGUCAAGGACAACCACGGCCUGGACUCCGAGGACUCUUAUCCUUACCUUGGAACUGAUGACCAGCCAUGUCACUACGACCCCAACUACAACUCUGCCAACGACACCGGAUUCGUCGAUGUCCCCAGUGGCAAGGAGCAUGCACUUAUGAAGGCCGUGGCAGCUGUGGGGCCUGUUUCAGUCGCUAUCGAUGCUGGUCAUGAGUCUUUCCAAUUUUACCAAUCAGGAAUCUACUAUGAGAAGGACUGCAGCAGUGAGGAGUUGGACCACGGUGUGCUGGUGGUGGGAUAUGGCUUUGAGGGAGAAGACGUGGAUGGCAAGAAAUACUGGAUCGUGAAGAACAGCUGGAGUGAAAAGUGGGGAGACAAAGGCUACAUCUACAUGGCUAAAGACAGAAAGAACCACUGUGGAAUUGCAACAGCAGCCAGUUAUCCUCUGGUCUAAUGUUUGCACUGCUCCACAGCAGGACCAUAGUGUUUUUAUUGCAAUAGUUUGGCUGAAGACGAUGAGGCUUCAGUCAGAGCGAUGCAUCGACAGGAGAUUCUGUCGAUGUUGAACGAGGAGAAACACUGUUUUUAGGGAAAUGGCGCCAU